CAAAACCAGGACAUCAUGGAUAUCCUAAGCAACGCGACAUCCAAAUUUCCAACCUUCUUUUUGACCAUCAUUCCUGGCCUAGAGCCUGUCUAUGCCUGGCUCUCUAUCCCUUUCUGUUGUCUUUACACCAUUGCCCUCUCUGGGAACAGCAUGAUCCUGUUUGUCAUCAUUACCCAGCAGAAUCUCCAUGAACCCAUGUAUUAUUUCCUCUCCAUGCUAUCAGCCACUGAUCUGGGUUUAACUGUGUCUACAAUGUCAACAACAUUAGGUAUCCUCUGGCUUGGUGCACGUGAAAUCAGUCUAGAUAGUUGCAUUGUCCAGAUGUUUUUUCUUCAUGGAUUCACUAUCUUGGAAUCUGGAGUGCUGGUGGCUAUGGCCAUUGACCGCUAUGUGGCAAUCUGCAAUCCUCUGAGGUACACUACCAUUCUCACUAAUUCCAGAGUCAUUCAGAUGGGUCUCUUAAUGAUUAUACGUGCUGUAGUAUUAAUAGUACCACUACUCUUGCUCCUUAAGCCUCUUUAUUUCUGUAGAAUAAAUGUCCUUUCCCACGCAUACUGUUACCAUCCAGAUGUGAUUAAAUUAGCGUGUUCAGACAUUCGGGUCAAUAGCAUCUGUGGAUUAAUUGAUCUCAUCCUGACUACAGGAAUAGAUGCACCAUGCAUUGUCCUGUCUUAUAUCUUAAUUAUCCACUCUAUCCUUGGUAUUGCCUCUCCUGAAGAACAAUACAAGGUCUUCAGUACCUGUGUCUCCCACAUUGGAGCAGUUGCUAUUUUCUACAUCCCCAUGCUGAGCCUGUCCUUGGUACAUCGCUAUGGUCGGUCAGCCCCCAAAGUGGUCCACUCAGUGAUGGCCAAUAUAUACCUGCUUUUGCCCCCUGUGCUCAACCCCAUUAUCUAUAGUGUUAAAACAAAACAGAUUCGCAAGGCUGUACUCAAUCUGCUCCUUACGAAAUAA